AUGACUCACAAGCACUCUCAAUCAAAGGUCAUCGGCGUCACCUGUGACAACGCGGAGGUGAACGUUGCACUUAUGCGUGCCCUCCGCGAGAACCACCCGCACCUGCGCAUCGGCAACGGUCUCGUUCGGUGCUUCGGGCAUGUACUCAACUUGGUCAGCAAGGUUCGUUCAAGCCAUUUCUCCCAGUGUCGUUGUCUUCACCACUCAUCCUGA